AGAACCUUAAUUUGUAAUGGCUAGCGUUAUAAGUGUAGAAAAAAAGUAUUCCGGCGACGAAAAUGAAACGGAAAAAUUUGUCAAAGAAGAAAAGGUGACUUACGAAUAUGUUACAAUUCCGCCGGAUGGAGGAUUUGGCUGGAUCAUCACGGGGGCCAGUUUGUUAUGUCUAUUGAUUUCGGACGGCAUUCUCUUCAGCUUCGGAUUGAUACUCUCUGAGUUGAGAUACGUUUUUGACGAACCUGCUGUUAAAAUUGCUUGGAUGUUUUCUAUUGAAAACGCAACUUCAUUAAUCUCAGGACCGAUAGCUUCGGCAUUGAGUAAUAAGUUCGGAUUCCGUGCUGUUGUCAUAUCUGGCAGUCUACUGGGUUUCGUGGGCCUUUUGACCUCUACGUUCGCCUUCUCAGUCGGGACCCUGUUUUUCACUCUUGGUGUGCUUUUAGGAACUGCCGACGGCUUGGUUUACACUCCAAUUGUCGUUGGUGUCGGCUUCUAUUUUGAUAAAAGACGUGCGCUGGCCACUGGAAUCACUCUCUGUGGAUCCGGAGCAGGCGCUUUUGUCUUUGCCCCACUCAUAUCUUGGCUAUUAGAAACCUAUGCACUCAGAGGAACAUUCCUUAUUUUGAGUGGACUUUAUCUGAACUGUGCAGUUUUUGGCUCGCUGCUAAUUCCUGUCAAACCUGUUCGACGAAAGAAAAUAGUGGAAGAUGUCAGCCUCAAUCUUCUGCCGCCUGACGGCAUAGGGCCAUCAGCAAUUGAAAAUCCGCCAACACCGAAUGACGUGAAAGGGAAUAAUAAAGGAGAACAAGCGCAAUCGAAUAUGGAUAUCUCCAUAACAGAAAAUCAGCCUGUAACAAACGCAAAUGAAAAGUUAUCCAUCAAAAAAUGUUUUUUCAGCAUCCUUAACUUGUUCAAAUUCUCGUUGUUUCGGUCACCAACCUUUGUCGUUAUAUGCGCUUCAAGUUUUUUCCAAUCUAUCGGAUGGUUUGUACCAUCCAUGUAUAUAACAGCUCAUGCGGUAAACAUGGGGGUACCGAAAGAAAAGGCGUCUUUCCUGCUAUCAAUUCUUGGAAUAUCUAUCAUGAUAGGACGCAUAUUAAUUGGAUGGAUCUCUGACCAUCCUAGGGUCAGCGUAUUGUUGCUGAAUAACAUCGGCUUGACAAUCUCAGGUUUAUUGAUUUUGCUGUGCCCAUCAAUAUUAGUCUCGUACGAGUUGCUAGCCCUUUUCUCCACCAUACUGGGACUCGCCGCGUCCUGCACAACAGCUACAAGAUCAAUUUUACUUGGGAAGCUUUUGGGUUUGGAAAAUGUGAAUAACAGUUACAGCUUCAUGCUAGUGUUUCAUGGAGUAGCUACCGUCAUUGGAAUCCCUUUAGCCGGAUUGCUAUUUGAUAUUUUUGGUGACUUCCACAUUACCUUCUAUUUUGCUGGUUUUUCCGUUCUACUUUCCGCGUUUAUUUGUUAUCCUCUUGGAAGGAUUAACCGUUGGGAGAAAAUGCGCAGUUAGGAGGGAAACGAAUAAAUAAAAU